AUGUUCCUGCGGGGCGGGCUGCGCGGGGGUGAGGGCGGGGGGACAUGGCGGCGACUGCGCGCCGCCGCCGAUUGUUCCCGUCUUAGGCCUCGGGCCGCGUGCGGCGGGCACUCGCGGCCGCCGAGCCCCCGCCCCUCUGGGCCGGGCUCAGGGGGGCUGGGGGACACAAAGGAGGGGCGGCGCGCCCGCGUCCCCGCCGCGCUCGGGCCUCGGCGCCGCCGGUCGCCGCGCGGCUGCCGCCGGGAAACAAGGGGGGGGUGCCGCGUCCGGCGGGGCCCGGCUCUGACCCGCCUCCCCCUGGCGGCCGCGCGGAGAACAGCAGGGCCGCGCGCCCCCUUGUGCGACAUGUGCUGCCGGCCCGGGCUCCAUGAGGGUGGCGGGCACUUUGCAGCCUCUGCUGUUCUGGUCCUGUUUUCUGAUCCUAAGCCGGAACACGGGGGAAAAGAGCUGGAGGAGACAGACUGGUUUCUGCAGCGCCACCCAGAGAAAAGAUUAGCAACGUGCCAUCACGACCACAGCAGUUUGGGGAAACAACUCUUUAUCCGGGCUUGCAGCCACGAGGUCUUGAUUGGGGGAGGGGUGGUGAAGAAUAGGCCCUUUCCUGCAUUUUUUCCCUCGUUGAAGCUGUACCGGUAGAGUUAAUAAUUGCUGUUAAUCACACUCAAGUAUUUCAGCAGUUGGUUAAUCAGAUUAGAAAGUUAAAGACGAGUCUAACACCUAUGGUUUUUUUCAAGUUUAUUCCUCUCUGCAUAUUUACCCAUACAUUGUCUUUUAAACCACGCCGGUGUUUGUCCGGUUCUGUUGACCUCAGUUUUGCAAAAAGAUGGGAGUUACUUGGAAAUAACUAGCAGAUAUUGGAAAAGAAUAUGUUUACAUGCGGAUUUGGAGUUUGUUAGUGAUAUUAAGCAAAUACGUUUACCUUUUUUCCCUCUCGCUCCCCCACCCACCCCGCCCCCACAGUGAUACACGUGGACAUAACUUGACCAAAAGCUUUUGCAAGGAUACUUGGCUGAAAAAGAAGCUUUCCUGAGUGGUGUUUGCAAAUUAGAAACCUGAAGAAAAGGAAAGUUUGCCACGUGGAUGUGAAGAUUUCCUCUAAAGGUACAAAUGAAUUAAAUCUUCCAGUUGAUAACGUUAGUUAUUUAGAUGCAGAUAUACUCAUGUGUUUUUUUAUUUUUUGUGUUUUUUUAUAUGUUUCUUUGGGAAAGCCCAGGUUUAAGGAAGAGCUAGCACUUCUGUGAAUGGUAUUCAAAUGAUGGUUAUGAUUCUAUUCUUUAAAGAAAUUUCACCUAUUAAGGCCUGAAUGUGUGCAUAAAUAGCAGUCAGGUUUGGUGUAAUUAAACUCAUUUUCUCUUCCCCAUUAGGGAUUAAGCUCAGUAUGUUAUGUUUUGUAGUUGUAGGAGUUUGAGGUGUUAUUCUAUCUAAUUUAUUUCAAAUUUAGCAGGAAUAACGAGAACAUCAUCUUGUAAAACUGAAGAUUGUGACCAGUCAGAAUAAUGUCAAAGUGCUUACAGUGCAGGUAGUGAUUUGUGCAUCUACUGCAGUGAAGGCACUUGUAGCAUUAUGGUGACAGCUGCCUCGGGAAGCCAAGGUGGGCUUUAAAAAAGUGCAGGGCCUGCUGGUGUCGAGUGCUUUUUGUUCUAAGGUGCAUCUAGUGCAGAUAGUGAAGUAGAUUAGCAUCUACUGCCCUAAGUGCUCCUUCUGGCAUAAGAAGUUAUGUUUUCAUCCAAUAAUUCAAGCCGAGCGAGUAUAUAGGUGUUUUAAUAGUUUUUUUUGUUUGCAGUCCUCUGUUAGUUUUGCAUAGUUGCACUACAAGAAGAAUGUAGUUGUGCAAAUCUAUGCAAAACUGAUGGUGGCCUGCUCUUCCCUUCAAGUGGUUCUUUACUAAUUUUGUGUACUUUUAUUGUGUCAAUGUAGAAUCUGCCUGGUGUGUCUGAUGUGACAGCUUCUGUAGCACUAAAGUGCUUAUAGUGCAGGUAGUGUUUAGUUAUCUACUGCAUCAUGAGCACUUAAAGUACUGCCAGCUGUAGAACUCCAGCUUCAGCCUGUCGCCCAGUCAAAUUGUCCUAUUACUGAACACUGUUCUAUGGUUAGUUUUGCAGGUUUGCAUCCAGCUGUGUGAUAUUCUGCUGUGCAAAUCCAUGCAAAACUGACUGUGGUAGUGAAAAGUCUGUAGAAAAGUAAGGGAAAAUCAAACCCCUUUCUACACAGGUUGGGAUCAGUUGCAAUGCUGUGUUUCUAUAUGGUAUUGCACUUGUCCCGGCCUGUUGAGUUUGGUGGGGAUUGUGACCAGAAGAUUGUGAAAAUUAAAUAUUACUGAAGAAUACCGACUUCCACUGUUAAAUGUUCCAAAGAUGUGAAGUAUUAAAAAACUUGGUAACUUUUUAGUUUUAUCAGUGUAAAGUACACAUAUACAACCUUCUGUUCCUUGAAAUUGUUAUUUUUGUAAUAACACAUUCUGCUUUUGAAGCCACGUGUCAGAUUUGGCAAAUAUAAAUGAUAUGUUUUUUGUUGAAUUACAUUUACUGGGCUAUCAAGUAUUUUCUCAUUGUCUAUAAAGAAAUCUUGCUGUGAAAAAUGUAUGGUGAUAACAUGUAAACUCAGGAUUUGCUGCUUUAUUUGGAUUUAGUGUUACUUCAGAGUGUUUAACUUAAUCUAAAAGUUAAUUAUUAUAGAUUGUUUGAAAUUCACAGGCAAAUUCAGGAUGGCAUUAUGGGUCUUUUAAAUAAUUUUGUAUUCCUCACUGGGGAAUUGGGAAUUGGCUGUUUGAUUUUAUUGAAUUUCUUUUGAGAUAAGUUAUGUUGAAUAUAAAAGAGAUACUUGCACUUGCCAGUCUUUUAAAGUAAUAAAUGUGUUACUCGUGCAUUCAAGUAUUAAAAUUUGUUAUUCUGUUUAAAGCAAUGUAAAAAGAUAAUUUCCCUUAAGAGUGGAACUUAGAGGGUUUUUUUUUUCCCUAGUAAACAUUAUUUUACCAGUACAUGAGUUCUUAACCGUUAGCUAGUUAUAGUUUUUCUUUAUAAUUGUUGACGUAUAAGUUGUAAGUGAACAAGGAUUCUCAGACUGUUCUUAACAUCUAGAGCUUAAAAUCUAGGAGUUAAAAAAAAAAAAGCUGACGUUAAA